UGAAGUUAUAUAUUAAUAUUGAUUGAUUUUGUAGUUUUGCAUUCAUUUCUUGUAAAAAUAUUUUAAUUUUAAUUUUUUUAAUUGUAAUAUAAGUGUAGCAAACCAUUUUUAAAUAAUGACGACUGCAGCACGCCCUACAUUUGAACCUGCUAGAGGGGGACAAGGACGAAAUGAGAAAGAUCUUAGUGCUAUUUCUCGACAAUAUUCAAGUAGAGAUUUACCAGGACAUACGAAAUUAAAGUAUAGGGAACAUGGACAAGGAACUGUUGAUGAAAACAGAAGUAAAGAUUUCAGGAAAGAACUCGAUGACCGUGAAAGAGAAAAGAGAUCUACCGGUAGGGGUGGUGAUCACGGCAAACGAUUAAAACUUGACCAGGUUCCAGCUGCUAGUUUGGAUGCAGAUGAUCCUCUAGAAGAUGAGGACUCAGAUUCAAGUGAUGACAAUGAUGAUACUGAAGCUCUCCUGGCGGAACUUAACAAAAUCAAACAAGAACGAGCUCACGAAAUGGCAAAGAAAGAAGUGGAAAGGAGACACGAGGAAGAAAGGAUUAGAAUGGAGAAUAUCUUAAGUGGAAACCCUUUAUUAGUGCAUUAUUCCUCAGGUUCAAAUAAAACAGACCAUAAAGUGAAGAGAAGAUGGGAUGAUGAUGUUGUGUUUAAAAACUGUGCUAAAUCUGAGCCACAAAAGGAAGCUAAUGUGUUCAUUAAUGAUUCUUUAAGGUCUGAGUUUCAUAAAAAAUUCAUGGAAAAGUAUGUCAAAUAAUUUUUGUAUGUAUAUCUAUGUUUAGUAUUAUAUCUGUAAAAUAAAUCAUCAACAUUAACAUUUUUGUACAUUACUUAAGUCAUUUUUGAUAAUAAAUAAUU